AUGAAAAGUUUGCUAAAUGCCGUCGUUGAUACGCCUGAACUUAGAGAGGUUUAUGCCCAAGUGCAACCUAAGUUGACAGAUUUUUGGACACGGCUGGGUCAAAACAUGGCUAUUUUUAAAAAAUAUCAACAGCUUGAUUCCCUGGCUCGAAAAGAUGACAUCGUUUUAGAUGCGGCGCAGCAAAAGGCGAUCCAUAACGCGCUGCUCGAUUUCCGCUUAAGUGGUGCUGAACUGGCACAACCUGAGCAACAACGCCUGCUGGAAAUUAAAACUCGCCAAGCAGAACUCUCUCGCAACUUUUCCGAUCAUUGUUUAGAUGCUAAUAACGCCUAUCGUUAUGUCGUGCAUGAUGCCGAUGAAGUGCUUGGCAUUCCUGAAGAUGCUUUAACACAAGCGGCUGAUCUGGCUAAAACACAUGACCAAACUGGCUGGAUGUUUACCUUGCAGUUUCCCAGUUAUUUCCCUGUCAUGCAAUACGCACAAAACCGUGCCUUACGUGAAACCCUCUACAAAGCCUACGUGACUCGCGCAUCAGAGCUUGCCGCUCAAUAUGCAGGCGGUGAGCUCGAUUGGGACAACACACCUCUCAUGAAAGAAAUCUUAGCUUUACGCCAAGAAGAAGCCCGUUUAUUAGGAUUUGACAACUAUGCUCAAUUAUCGCUCAAACCCAAAAUGGCUGACACACCAGAACAAGUGAUCGCCUUUUUGGAAGAUAUGAGUCAAAAAGCUCGUCCCUUUGCGCUCCAAGAUUAUGCACAAGUCGAAGCUUUGGCCAAAGACAUGGGUAUAGACACCGUGCAACCCUGGGAUCUGACCUUUGUCUCUGAGAUACUGCGUGAAAAACAAUACAGCUUUUCAGAACAAGAAGUUAAACAAUACUUUACUGAGAGCAAAGUCUUACAAGGGUUGUUUGCUACUGUCGAGCAACUCUUUGGCGUACGCCUUCAAAAAGCCGCAGGAACAACUUGGCACCCUGAUGCCCAUGCCUACCAAAUCGUCGAUCAACAAGGUCAAGUCAUUGCACAUUUUUAUUUAGAUCUCUAUGCAAGGCAAGGGGGCUAUGCAGCGGGGUAUUACAGUUACAAAUGGGCCGAAGUCUUGUCCAGCGAUGUUUUUGGAGCCUUUGAAGAAGCAGCGCAAAGUGGUGCGCCAUUGGUCAACCCCAGUGUUGGUGCCAAAUAUCGACAAGAAAUUUUGGCCGUUGGCGGUUCUCGCCCUGCCCUUGAAUCAUUUAUUGCUUUCCGAGGUCGCGAGCCAAGUCCAGAUGCCUUACUACGGCAUUCAGGAAUGGCAGCCUAA